UCGUUCACUGACUUUAUCUCAUGCUCACUUAACCAACUCCAUCAUGUUUGGUCUCCCUGUGGUUUCCCUUCAUUCUUUUUAAGCCUCUCAACAUGGAGGACGGAACUGUUCUACGCCAACGAAACCACUCGUCUACGAACGGAGGAAUGGCAUCGAAUCAUUUUGACGAAAUUCGAGAUUCAAUUCGUACACAAGAACUUCGACGUCGCACUGAUCAACUUCGUACGGAUAUUUUAGAACAAAUCGACGGGCAAUUAUCUGACCUUUUUGAUGAUGUCAUUCAAGGAGUUGAAAAACCAGACGAGAUUUCUGAUCGUUUUACAGAUAAAAGUAAUGGCAGCAAAAUAUUUAAAGCAAGGCACUCAGUACUCACGGAGCUUCUCCAAGUGUGCCAUAUCAGAACAAUUUACAAUAUAUUUGUUGCACUACUGUUUGUUUUUGUUCUGAACACCAUCGUCUAUGAUUUCAUCGACACUGGCAGUAUCAUACUAGACUUCUCUGUCAUGGCAUGGGCCUUUGGUAAAGCAUCAACUGUCAUCAACAUCUGGCUUGUCAUGAACAUWAUGGCGUUCCUCGUCUUUCCCAUGUUUUACUUCUGGCAUAAGAACAGCUGCUCCUGGCUCAGGAUACCAAACAAAAUAUGGCUGAUAGUCUAUGUAGCAUUCAUUGUUCUUUUCAUUGUUUUUCCUAUCCAAGAAAUCUGCUUACACGACCUUCCUCCCGUGUCAUCCAUAAUUGUUUCUUGUGAACAGAUCCGUUUAAUUCUAAAAGUUCAUGCAUUUGUCAGAUCCAAUGCACCAAAAGUCAUUGCAAUGCAAAAGAAAACUAAAAAAGGACACCAUGCAUCAAGUGGGACUACGUCGUGUCGAAUUUCCUUCAAGUAAUCGGMUGCAUUCUUUAUACAUAUUACGUCUUUGUUCGAUUCUGUGUGCCAGUAUUUAGAAAUACUGGAAAAGAACCCGGAAACUUCAAACAGCUCAUUCUAUCCAGCUUCAGUUGUAUGUUACCUGGUACKAUGGUGCUUGUGUUGGGUUUCUUUGCCAUACUUCACUCCUGGCUCAAUGCUUUUGCUGAAAUGACAAGAUUUGCAGAUAGAAUGUUCUACAAGGAUUGGUGGAACGCUCCUUCGUAUGCCAACUGGUACAGAACUUGGAACGUGGUGGURCAUGAUUGGCUGUUCAACUAUAUAUACAAAGACAUAUUACUUUUCACAGCAAACCGUAAUCUUGCCACCACUAUCGUGUUUCUAUCGUCGGCCUUGGUCCACGAAUAUGUUCUGUUCGUAUCGUUUCGRUUCUUCUUCCCAAUUCUUUUUGCAAUGUUCGGUGGAAUCGGACUGUCCUUCGUAUUUGUGAAGCCCCAGAAGCGUGAGAACGUAUCUCAAGCAUGGAAUAUUUUCAUGUGGGUUACUUURUUCUUGGGGAAUGGUCUACUCAUGUGUUUAUACAGCCAGGAAUGGUAUGCUGUCCAGAACUGCCCAAGAACAUCUCACACUUUGAUGGACCAACUGAUCCCACGUUCUUGGAGUAGCGAAUGCACUGGACAUGGUCAUGGAUUGAACUGAACGGUGCUUUAAUAUCCAACAACGAUUAAACAACUGAUCAUAGCGAUUCAAGACCCACGCGACACUAGCGAAAAACGUAUGCGCAUGCGUUAAAAAAUUAGCAAGUUUUUUUCUCCAAAUAUACAAAACAUUUCGCGAGUGAGACCAAGAUAAUGUAUUCAUAAAGACAACAUGAAAGAAUUUGCUGUACUUUGUUUCAAAUUGACUUUAAAUAAAGUAUGUUUGGCAGGCAAA